AUGAAGUACGCUUCCUUCCUCGCAGCCCUGGCGGCCACCUCUGCUGCCGCCAUGCCAAACUCUCUCCACAAGCGUGAAUGCCAUGGCUCUGGCGAAACAUGGGGCGCAGAAAAGUUCAAAGCUAUUCAGACAGUCCAGGAGCUUUGCGACGGCCAAAUUAACGGCCCUUUCAACACUAAUGGGCAGUACAUCCGAAGAUGCGUCAAUCUUAGCAGCAAUAAGAAGAUGGACUUGUUUGUCCGCUACGAUGAAGGCCAAUUUGACGGGGUAACUCGUUACAUAGACAAAGAAGACUGUGUUGGCUAUCUCCAGCGGGAGAUUAAUGGUUGUGAACACGGGGGUCGGACUACCUAUGAGCGUACAGUAACGCCAGGUAAGGUUACUGUCUCAAGUGCUGACAGCGUCAGGGCCGAUCCAAACAGUGGAAACUGCGCAUAG